AAAUGUUUUAAAACCAUUUAAUUAAUCGAAACAUCGCACUUCUCUGCUUCUCGUAACACGUGGAAACGUGAUUUCCACCAGUGACUGUAAAUAAUCACAGGAACGCAAAUGAUCAUUAAAGGUCCAAAGUGAACGUGUAGAAUCCUGGUUCUGGUUAUAUAACUGCACUUUACUUGGACUCGGCCCCUCGAAAUGUGAUCACUGACGUUCAUUCCAUUGCUGUGACGCAUAGUUCUAUUUUUUAUUUUCUUGUUAAAACGCAGACUUUUUGGUAAAUGUCCCCGUUUUUUCCACUAAAACGUAAAUGUGCUCUGUUAUUUACUGACAGGACAGAAAUGCCAACUCCAAAGCGAAGCAUUAGAACCAAAGAAACGAUCGGUAAAUCAUGAAAGCAGCGUUCAGCCUCCUCCUCCAGCUGCGUCUGCUCGCUCAACGCGACCACCCCCUUGAACCGGAACCUCUCCUCCGCGCUCGCGCCCUCCUCCCCGUCCGUGCGUCUCCCUGACAGCCAGCCACAACACCGCGCCCGGAGCAGGACGUCCGCCGCCCGACGAUGCCCGGGACGCGCGCGGCUCCUCGGCCCGUCGUACGCGCUCGCUGCUGCCGGCGGUGGGAGUGACACCUCCGUCCGUCCGUCCGUCCGUCCGUCCGUCGCUCGCUCUCCGGUUGACGGGUCCGUGCGCGCCGCUACGGAUGCGCUCUCCGCGCUCCGGCGCCUGCACUGACCGCGUCCGUGGCCUUCGGGAGCGACGUUCACGCCUCCGGGCUCCGUAACGGGCGACGAAGAUGGGCAGCACCACCUCCUGCUGCGUGUCGUCCAGCCCCAAGCUCCGCAGAAAUGCCCACUCCAGGCUGGAGUCGUACCACCAGGAGUCGGAUCUGAGCAGGGAGGAGACGGGGUGCAACCUGCAGCACAUCAGCGACCGGGAGAACGUCGACGAGCUGAACAUGGAGUACAACCCGUCGGACCACCCGCGAGCCAGCACCAUGUUCCUCAGCAAGUCCCAGAACGACGAGCUUCUCUACAGGAACAUUCGUGAGAAACGAAAAAGCCUCUUCAUCAACCAUAAUCACGGGACGUCACGGCGGAAGUACAGCUCCUGCGCCACCAUCUUCCUGGACGACAACACGGUCAGCCAGCCCAACCUCAAAUACACCAUCAAAGGCGUGGCCCUGGCCAUUUACUACCACAUAAAGAACAGAGACACUGAUGGAGGGAUGCUGCUGGACAUAUUUGAUGAAAAGCUCCAUCCUCUCUCUAAAGCUGAAGUCCCGUCCGACUACGACCAACACGACCCGGAGCAGAAACAUAUCUACCGGUUCGUCAGGACGCUGUUCAGCGCCGCUCAGCUCACGGCGGAGUGCGCCAUCGUCACGCUGGUGUACCUGGAGCGGCUCCUGACCUACGCAGAGAUCGACAUCUGUCCCGGGAACUGGAAGCGGAUGGUCCUGGGCGCCAUCCUUCUGGCCUCCAAGGUGUGGGACGACCAGGCCGUGUGGAACGUCGACUACUGCCAGAUCCUCAAGGACAUCACGGUGGAGGACAUGAAUGAGUUGGAGCGACAGUUCCUGGAGCUGCUGCAGUUCAACAUCAACGUUCCGUCCAGCGUCUACGCCAAGUAUUACUUCGACCUGCGCUCGCUGUCGGAGUCCAACAACCUCAGCUUCCCGCUGGAGCUGCUCAGCAGGGACAAGGCCCAGAAGCUAGAGGCUAUUUCCAGACUGUGUGAUGACAAGUACAGGGACGUGCGCAGAGCCGCUCGGACCCGCUGGGCCAGCGUGGACAAUGUGUGCGGCGUCAGAUGGGUUCCUGCCAUCCUCUCCUAGCCGCCGGCACCGGCGCCGGGCCGCACACCUCUGGGCUCCUGCUUCUGGCAGCACAGCUCCAGAGGUUCAGACUAGAGCUGAUGCCUUCGCAGUGCCUCCGUUCAUCAGUGACAGCAGCGUUCCUGAAGAGGAACCGGCCUUGAACCUUGGACCGGAUCGUCUGAUGCUCCACCAACGUCACACUCAAGCAUAUAAGUUAUUAUUUAUCCUACUAUCUGAACUUUGCCAAGUGUAGAUUUCCACACACGCUAGCGUAGCUCCUGUAUUUCUACCUGUUCUCUACACGUUUGCAUUGGCAGGUCUUAGAUUAAAGUAUUAGAACCCCUAGUCCUCCUAUUCAAGGUUUACAGUAUUUCUGUCGUACCUCUCGAUACUCAGGUGGUCUGCGUCCUAUUUUUUACUGUGCUUCUGCUCAUGCAUUCAUUCAACAUUCCCACAGACGCCGUGGGUUCAGAGAAGGAGGACCGGCAUCGGUCGGAUGUGACGCCUGAUAAGUGUUUUUGUGCUUUGGUGUCUUGUUCUCCUGGAGGUUUUGCUUAAACCAGCGCUAACAUCUAGUGCAUCUCUGGAGGGAAGCAGUCAUGUAGAGUGGGUUUGGUUCUAGCUGGUGAGAUAAUAGACUGGAUGCACAGUAAACAUUGGUGUGUUUGUACCUUCUGCCACAGCGACUUCGACCACUUCAGCAGCUGCCAACGCAGCUCAUUCUUCUUUCUGCCACAACUAGUCUGCUGACUCUGGUUCAGCUCCACUCAGCUGAUAGCUGACCUGACCUGAAGUGUCAGGGCCGAACCGGUCCGAGGGCCCGCGGUGACCCAACAGAACCACCAGGUGGUGCUGGUGUUGUGCCUGCUCCCUGUUUAUCCACAGACCAUUUGAAACAGUUGACUUUGAUUGAGCUUCCAGAGAAUGAAUUAAUGAAGAACACCAGAACCAAACUGUCACUGACACCAGAACCACUUCCCCGAAUCAAAGCAUGAGUCUUAGUCCAAAGGCCAAAGUCCAGAGUCAUCCCAGCUAACAGAACGCGAGCGUUCCUUUAGCACAAACUCAUGCUCUCGUCGCCUUUUUCUAUCAGAUAACAAGUCCUGCUAAUUUGACACGUUUCUUAUUUGUCUGAUUAUAAAAGCACUACAACUAUCAAUUAUUUUACUAAUCACCUUUGUACAGUGUAUAAACAUUUAAACUGAGGCUCAGUGUAAAUUAUUUAUUGACCUGUUUAUUGUUUUUAAUAAAUAAAAAAGUCCAUCUCUAA